UGUCCGAAGCACUGAAGCAGCCCUUUUUCAGGUCCCACUGGAGUAAAUCUUCACCAAAAAUUAUGGUGCUUUAUCUGAGAGCAGCCCUAAUUGGGGCAGUCAUCUGCUAUCUGACAGAUGUAACGUCAGCACAAGACAAAAAGAUUGAUAUUCUGGAGCGAGAACUGAUUGAGGAGGUUAUGAGAUUUGCAAAGGAGAAAGGAGAAGGAGCGGUCAAGGAAAAGAAAAAACAGAGGAAACUUUUCUUUGAUAGUGGUGUAGACAAACACAACCAUGGAAAUAGUGUAAGACAGCUUCACCAGCUGAAGAUGUCAAGUCCCGAGACUCGGGCGAAAGAGGAAUACGCCAUUCAGUCAUUGGCUGCAACCAGGGAACUCCAACAGCUAACUGGCCUGAGCCUGCAGGAGAUCCAGUAUUCGGAAGAGAUCGUGUCGGAGUGGCGAAGGCAGACACAGUGCCCGAGCGUAAUAACGGCGCCUCAAUGUCCGACGACCAGAUCGUUAUACCGCACCAGCAACGGUCAAUGUAAUAACCUUCAGAACCCGGACUGGGGCUCAGCCGGCAUCUCACAGAGACGCUAUCUCGAGGCCAAAUACAGCGACGGUAUCGGUUUACCUAGAAACAUGAGCAGCAGAGAUUCCAUUGCACUGCCUAGCGCUCGCGUUGUCAGCAACGUUCUGUUUGUAAACACGAGUUCACAAAGAACAGAUAGCGAGAUGUCUCUAAUGGUUAUGGCAUGGGGACAGUUUCUGGACCACGACAUCACACUCACACCCACUGCGGCAGGUGAAGAAGGAUCACAAAUUGAUUGCUGUGACACGACCGGUUCCGCAAGAGACGAGUGUUUCCCAAUAACCAUCCCGACGAAUGACCAACAUUUUAGGACCAAUUGUAUGUCCUUUGUAAGGUCGUCCGCCGCUGUGGACUCUUGUGAUCCAGCUAUGCGACAGCAGACAAAUGCUAUCACGUCAUUUGUGGACGGGUCUAACGUGUACGGAUCUUCCGCAGCUGAGACCACUAAUCUCAGACAAUUCCGCAAAGGAAAGCUGAGGUCUUCGCAAGGAAACCUGCCCCCAGCUGGAAGUGAGGACUCAUGUAUUGUGUCUACGACAGGGGAUUUUUGUAUCGAAACGGGUGACGUCCGAGCUAAUGUUAUACCACAUCUCGGAGCAAAUCACGUGCUGUUCUUCCGAGAACACAACCGUAUUGCCAAUGAGUUGUCUACCUUGAAUCCGCAGUGGAACGACGAGAAGACGUUUCAGGAGACACGGAAAAUAGUAUCUGCGCUUCUCCAGCAGAUAACGUACUACGAAUGGUUACCCAGCAUCCUGGCACCAGAAUUUCUGGAGAUUUACAACCUAAAGCGUUCAAAUAGAGAUCCGUACAGCGCAAGCGUAGACCCCACCAUUAAGAACUCGUUCGCAGUGGCGGCAAUGAGGUACGGACACUCUCUUGUGAGCGGGUUCCAGGCAUUCCUGCUCCACGACUACAUGACAUACGAAGUAAAGCCCAUUGAAGAGACGUUCUUUAAACCCUCCAUGGUCGUAGGUAACAGCGGAAAUGAUGUUCCAAUGCUUGCACGGUGGGUCUGCGCAAACGAAUCAAUGAAAAGAGACAGGAUUUUGGAGCGCGGUAUCCGUGACCUUCUGUUCCUCGAUUCUGAAGGUCACAGCUUUGACCUUGGUGCAUUAAACGUCCAGAGAGGACGAGACCACGGUGUACCAUCCUACAAUGACUGGCGCGAGUGGGCGGGACUCCCCAGGGCAACGGCAUUUAGUCAGUUAUCGGAGCAUUCUAAACGGGAGAUCCGUUUAUUGCAAAAUGUUUACAACCAUGUGGACGACAUCGAUCUUUUCGCCGGCGGUAUCUCUGAGAGGGACGUUAGUGGCGGUCACCUAGGACGAGUUUUCAGCCAUAUCUUUGCACGUCAAUUCUCAGAACUGAAGGCUGGGGAUAGAUUCUUCUAUGAAAGGCCCACAGCGGAAGGAUUCACCAAGGACCAAUUGGCAGAAAUCAGAAAAGUGAAGUUGUCCAAAGUCAUGUGCGAAAACUUCGGAAUCGAUUUGAUUCCAGAAAACGUCUUCAAGAUGGUUGGCAUUGCCAGGACAAAGAAAUCGUGCGAGUCACUGCCUGGUAUGGAUCUAUCUAAGUGGAAAUCUGGAAACUGAAGUGGAAGUGAUAGUGGAAAUGGUAGUGGACAUGGAUGUGGAGAUGAUAACACUAUAGGAAAACGGAGUCCAUAGCUGUAGUGGAGGAAGUGGCAAAAAGAGACCAACAACGAUGACCAAUUAUAUAUUUAAAUAUCACUGUGCAGGUGACUUGACAUCUGGUGAUGAAGACAAUACCAGACAUCAAAAUUUUCAAUAAACUACAUGUUAAGUGUUGACAAAAGCCUGAUAAAGAAAGCAUGUCUGUACGUCUGUCUGGCACCACAACUUAUCAAAGAAAACCAUUAUAAAUCUUGGUGUUUGUGGUGAACCGUACUUCGUCUUAUUUGUAGAAUCGUAUUACAUAUUGAUUUUAAACCCUGGUUAUAAGUUCGUGGUAAUUAGCAAUAUUUUAUUUAGUCCCAUUAUCCAGUAUAUGAAAGGUUAUUUAAAUGCUUAAACCUAUUUGUAUUUCGUUCUUUAAAAAAAAAAAAUACGAAUAAUUUAAUUUUGGCUAUCUCCCCCAUAAUUAUUUUUUUGGUAU